AUGGCCGUAAAGACAGAUAUGAGCAAGGCGUAUGAUCGACUUGAGUGGGGCUUUAUCGAGGCUGUCCUUACAAAUAUGGGAUUUGCUAUCAAGUGGAUCACAUGGGUAAUGAGGUGCAUUGACUCUGUCUUUUAUGCCUUCCUGAUUAAUGGUUCCCCACAAGGCUCGGUUAAACCCUCUCGUGGAAUACGACAAGGUGAUCCUCUCUCUCCGUACGUCUUCAUCUUAUGUACGGAAGUACUUUCUGCCCUUUUCGAUAAAGCCAUGCUGGAUGGCUCUCUGGCGGGGGUUCGAGUGUCUUGCCACAGCCCUUCGGUCAACCAUCUCUUGUUCGCGGACGAUACGAUGUUCUUUUGCAAAUCAAACCCGACCAGCGUAACCACUCUAGGCUCCAUUCUGAGACAAUAUGAAGAACUCUCGGGUCAGCGGAUCAACCUCCUUAAAUCUUCUAUUACCUUCUCGGCGAAAACCCCUCCGGAGGUUAAGCAGCGGGUUAAUUGUACCCUGUCCAUUGAGGCGGAAGGAGGCGUAGGAAAAUAUCCCGGUCUUCCCGAGCACUUUGGUAGGAAAAAGAGGGAUAUUUUUGCCUCUAUCGUUGACCGCAUUCGCCAAAAGGCCUUCAGCUGGACCUCUAGGUUUCUAUCGGGGGCAGGGAAACAGGUUCUUCUCGAGGCCGUGCUGUCCGCUAUGCCCUGUUAUGCCAUAUCCUGUUUCAAAAUACCCAUCUCCUUGUGCAAACAAAUCCAGUCCAUCCUUACUCGCUUUUGGUGGGAUGCAAACCCGGAGAAGAGGAAGAUGUGUUGGGUAGCUUGGGACACUCUAACCCAACCUAAGUAUGCUGGCGGCCUUGGUUUUCGAGAUAUUGAAACCUUUAAUGACUCCCUUAUUGGAAAAAUCGGUUGGCGACUCAUCUCAAAUCCGGAGUCGUUGUUGGCUCGUGUGCUGUUGGGUAAAUAUGCUUGGAAGUCAUCUUUUAUGGACUGCUCUGUUCCGUCGGCUGCUUCUCAUGGGUGGAGAAGCAUUAUAGUGGGGAGGGAGCUUCUCAGAAAGGGUCUGAGCUGGACAGUUGGGAAUGGUGAAGAUAUACGAGUGUGGCAGGACCCGUGGAUUAGCUGCGAUACAUCCACCACCCCUUUCGGUCCUCCCACCCUUAUGUCAAUCGACCUACGUGUCAGUGACUUACUCUGCCCUCUCUCGAAUGAUUGGGACUUGGAAAAAGUCAGAGCUGUGCUACCGCAUUACGAAGAUGAAAUACGAAGCUUGAUCACUAGUUCAGCCCCAUCUCGGGAUCGCCUCGCUUGGCUACCUGAUAAGUCAGGACUCUAUACUACUCGAUCAGGUUAUAGGGUUGGGAUGAACCUCUUGAGAAGCCCUGAGAUGCAAACCCCUCCUCAAGACCCCGCCACCCAUUCCCCCUUCGACUGGCUAAAGAACAUCUGGAACAUUCACACUGCUCCUAAGAUCAAGGACUUCCUAUGGAGAGUGGCUAGGAAAGCCAUUCCAGUCAGCGAGAAUCUAGCUAGUAGAGGUAUCACUCCAUUCUUUUGCAAGUCAUGCGGUGGGAUAGAAGAUGAUCUUCAUGUAUUCAUCCACUGCCCUAUCGCCGCUCAGGUAUGGGAGCUAGUUCCGAUGGUCUCUAUACCAUCUCCACUAGCUCCAUCAAUCAAGACUCUUAUAUCUGAAGCUUUGCAACUUAUUAACCAUCCCCCGUCUGGUGUCGCUAUACCAUUAUGGCAUUGGGUCCUAUGGAGCCUUUGGAAGGCCCGCAAUAAGCGAUGCUUUGAGGACCGUACCUACUCAGCUACAGAGAUUGUCUCCAAGGCCGUCUCUAAUGCACGGGAAUGGCAAGACACUACAAGAAAACACACUCACUUUGCUGAAGAUAUCUCGCUAGCUCACAACCGCCUCGCACCUCACCCACCUUUACGUGUUAAUACGUCUGGUCCUACUUGUCAUGUUGAUGCAGCAUGGGAUGCCCGCUCUGGUAUGUGCGGGCUGGGAGGCCUCUUCUCUGGCUCUCCCACCCUGACUCGUCUCCCCCGGAUCUCCGCCAGUCGGAGCCUUGUAUCAUCUGCGUUAAUGGCUGAGGCCCUCGCAAUUCGUCUGGCAGUUAUGACUGUGGCUUUCUCGAACAUUAAAACCCUUGUGAUCAUGUCUGAUUCUCUUACUCUCAUCAAGAUGCUGAAACAGAAGGAAUCAAGGCCGGCUCUGUAUGGGAUUUUGUUCGAUAUCUAUCAUUUUAGCACCUACUUGGAUGUAAUCUCCUUUCUUUUUAUUCCUCACUUGCAAAACUCUGAAGCUGAUUCAGUUGCUAAGUUGGCUCUUGCCAGCUCUGUUGUAUCAGUCUCCUCUAAUGGAGCGUAA